AUGGAACCGCCUAAUCUAACCACCCCACGGUCACUUCUUACUAUAAUUCAAAGUCCAUUACCAUUUACUAUUGAUAAUAGUAAAAUUUCUUCAAAAUUUAUUACUUCUAACUCUUGUUCUUCUUUAAAUGUAUCAUCAAAUUUUGGUGAAUUAAAUAUUCCUGAUUUAAUGGUUAUAGCAUUGCAAUUAAACCAACAAACAACAAAGGUUUUUCUUAAAAUUAAUAAAAAAUGUAAACAAGCAGUUUCACGUCUUAAAAUCAAUUCUUUCACUGCUCCAUUAAAUACAUUAAAAAAAUUUUUUCCAGCAAUGGAAACUUUGUAUUUAGUUAAUCCAACAGAAAUACCAAAGUUAAAAUAUCGCUAUAAAAUAUAUUCAUCUUCACCAGAAUUAUUUAAAAUAAUCUCUUCUUUAGAAAGAUAUAUUACAUCAUUACAUCUUGUUGUUCAACAAAAUUCAUCUUUACCAUUAAAAAAACUAAAAAAUAUUGUUGAAUUAUCAUUAGAUUUUACUAAAGUAUCAUUACAACAAUUAGAGUCUCCUUUAUUACGUGAAGCUCGAUUAUUUCGUUCACCAUUUAUCAAAUCUGUUCAUAUAUAUUGUCAACAAAAAGAUAUUGUAUCAGCACAAAAUAUUAUUGAAGUUUUUAAUAGACAUUUACCUAUUAAAAUAAUUCUUAUUGUUGAAGGACUUACUUUUUAUCAGAAAGGUAUUGAUGCAGUUAUUGAUAAUGAUUUAUUAGAACUAAAAAAUGUUUGUGUAUUACCUAAUGGAUCUUAUUAUAUAAUAACUGCUAAUGUAGUUGAAGAAUUUAAGAAAUAUCUUCCUUUAUCAUUAAAAAUAAAAAGUACUGAUGAUUGUGUUUUAUUAGAUUUAUCGGGUUAUAAUUAUUUAACUCAUUUAACAAUUAUUCAGCAAAAAUCAAUGAAAUAUUUAUUGUUACCACAACAAUUACAUACUUUAAAAUUAGAAGAUGCUUCUGAUUCAUUAGUAGAUUAUCAACAUUCUAAUAUAAAAGAGCUUAUUCUUUAUAAUUGUACAAUCACUAAACAUUAUUAUUCUGAAUCAUUAAAUAAAAUUACUAUUCUACAUUGUAAUUCUGAAUAUUUAAAAAUUCCUAUUCCAACAAAAGAUCUUUCAGUUUCUUAUUGUAAUAAUCUUAAAGAAAUAGUUAUUCCUUCUUCAUUAAAUAAACUUAGUUUAAUUCAUUGUAUUAAUUUAACUAAGACUAAAGGACUUACUCAUUCUAAUACUUUAGAACUUGAAUUAACCUAUUGUCCUUUAUUAAAAAAGAUUCAUAUUCCUUCAAGUUUAAACAAACUUUCUAUUACUUCUUGUGAAAAACUUAAUCAAAAUUUAGUAUUAAGAACUGUAUUAAUAGAAGAAAUGAAAAUUAUAUCUUCUCCAAGGUUUAAAGUUAGUGAAAUACCUAAUACACUAAGGAAUUUACAAAUACAAGAUUAUUGUGAAAAAGAAAUUAUAUUACCUGAGUUUGUUACUGAGUUGAGAUUAUCUCAUUGUGAUAAACUACAAGCUAUCUAUUUCCCUAGAGAAUUAAAAAUAUUAAGAAUCUAUAAAUGUCCAUUAAUAUCUUUUGAAGGAAUUGAAAAUAUACAUAUGAGUACUUUAGAAGUAGAAGGAGUAGAAAGAAUAGAAAAUGUUUUAUUACCAUUAGGAUUAGUAUCAAUUACAUUUAUUGAUUGUAAAUAUCUUAGAAUAUUAGAUGGAAUGGCUGUCCUUACAACAUUAAAUGAAUUAACAAUAUCUUCAUGUCCUCAAUUAAGUAAUUUAGUAUUACCAAAGUCUAUUACUCAACUUAAUAUCAAUAAAUGUAAAAAUUUAACUUGUAUUGAUGGAAUUGAUAAAUUAAAUAUUCCAUUUGAUGAACUAAUUAAUCUGUAUUAUUUAUUAGAACAUCCUUUACUUCCUAUUAACGUUACAUCCCUUCAACUUGAUGGAUGGAACUGUCUUUCAUUAUCAAACAUUUUUAGUUUACAUCUUGUUGAUUUAACAAUAAAUAAUUUCUCACAUUUAUCAUCAUUAACAAUUCCUAAUUCAUUAAUAACACUUUCUUUAUGUGGAUGUAAGUCACUUCAACAAUUAUCUUUUAAAUCUCCUUUAUUAAAGAAGUUAACUAUAAAUUCAUGUACUUCAUUAAAGAAUGUUUCAUUUCCAAUGACAUUAACAUAUCUUGUUGUUAUUGAUUGUUUUGCACUUUCUUUCAAUAAAAUUAAUACAAUACCAUUAUAUCAUCUUGGAAUAGAAAAUAUUACUUCCUUAAAAAGUUUAAAAGUUCCAACAACACUUAAAGUUUUACAAAUAGCAUUUUGUAAUGCACUCAAUGAUAUAAACAAUUUAAAGAAAAUUGAUUUAAAAGAAAUAGCAUUUUUAUCAUUAUAUUCUCUAAAGAAAGUUACUCUUCCUACAACAAUGACUAACUUAUUAUUAGAAAAUUGUGACAAUUUGAAUAAAAUAAAAAAUUUAAAUAAUUGUCCAAUUCAAGAAUUAAAAUUGAGUGGAUUAGAUUCUAUUAAAUCCAUUUCUUUUCCAAAAACUUUAACUAAAUUGAGUAUUAAUUUAUGUGAAGAAAUUAGUAAGUUAGAUAAUUUAUGUCAAUGUAAUAUUUCUGAAUUAUCAAUAUUUAAAUGUAAUAAAUUACCAUUAUUAAAUCUACCACAAUGUAUUACUCGACUACAAAUUGAUUCUUGUAAUUCUAUUCAUGAAUUAAACUUAGAAAAUUAUAAAAUUUUUGAAUUAGAAUUAACUACUUGUGAACUAUUAACUAAAAUUAUUUUCCCAACUACUAUUAUUUCAUUAUCAGUUACUGGUUGUAAUAAUUUACUUGAAAUAAGUAAUUUAGAGUCAUUAGACGUUCCAUUACAUACUGUUUUUAAUCUUAUUAUUAAUCUUGAACAUCCUAUUCUUCCACCAUCAUUUAAUGAUAUUCAAACAUUAAAUGCUGUAACUGAAAAUUUUAUUGAAAAUGCUUCUCAAUCAAUAAGUUCUUCAUAUACUCCUCAGUUAUCAAAAAAUAAAUCUAAUAGAAUAAACCAACCUUUGAAUGGUUUCUAUGACUCUCCUAUUAUAUCACCACGUUCUCCAAGAAAAUUUAUUCCAUGGGGUUUAUCACCUUCUCCAACUUUUAGUCGUUCACCAAGUCCUCGUUCUCAAAAAAUAAAUUCUCCACGUUCAUUUUAUAUACCUUCAACAUUACCACCAAUAUUAGAUAUAAAUGAUUUGUUUACAAUAUCAAAUUGGAAAUGUCUUGAUAUUCAAAAUUUAAACUCUUUCAAUAUUGAUGGUCUUUAUGUUUGUAAUUGCAUUAGACUAACAAAACUUGAACCACCACAAACUGUUACUAAAUUAAUUAUUGAAAAUUGUAUUUCUUUACAAUACCUUUCAUUAACACCACAUCUUAUUGAAUGUUCAAUUCAUUUUUGUUCUAGUAUUAAUCAAUUAUAUAUUCCACAAACUUUAACUGAAUUACAUCUACUUCAUUGUGAAGAAAUAAAUGAAUUAAAAUGUUUUGAAAAUGCAACAAAAUUAAUUAAUUUUUCUGCAAAAUACUGUAAUCAACUUAGAACUUUAAUUAUUCCAAAAGGAUUAAAAAAGUUUCAAAUUGAAUGUUGUGAUAGGUUAGAUGAAAUUCUUAAUAUUGAAAAUAGUUAUAUCGAAGAAAUGGUAAUUGUUGAAUGUGAUAGUUUAGAAAAUAUAACAUUUCCAUCGACUUUAAUUAAACUCACAAUUGAAAAAUGUUAUUCUUUGCAUAAACUUCCGAAUCUUCAAAAAAUUUGUCCACAACUUACAAGAAGUAUGUGUAAUAUUUAUAAUUAA